AUGGACUACCAUCGCACCGAUGGAUUGGGUCGUAAAAUCGCUGUCGCUGUGACUCGUUUACCAGCUAAGGUUCCAGUCACUGAUCCUCGCUAUGGAGGUGCAGUUCUCAUCAAUCCGGGAGGACCGGGAGGCUCAGGUGUCGCUCAAGCUCUGAUCACAGGUCGCAAUCUUCAGACUAUAGUGGACGCGGACAUUGAUUUUCUGGCAGAAACGUACGGAAAAUACGACUCGCUUUACUUUGACAUUAUUGGCUUUGAUCCGCGAGGCGUAAACAAUACUACGCCUCAAUUCAGUUGCUUCCCUAGUAUGCUAUCAAAGACCAAUUUUGGAUUGCAAGCUGAGGCCGAUGGAAUACUAGGCAGUUCUACCGACUCCUUAAUGAGGAAUUGGCAGCGAAUGGCUGCUUUGAGUCAAAGUUGCUCAGAGGUACUACUUGCGAGGGAUGACAAUGAUGCUACUGGAGAAGCCUUUGGUGAACAUUUGAACACCGUGCCUGUAGCACGUGAUAUGCUUGAGAUUAUUGAAAGGCAUGCUGAAUGGCGUGAGAAUGAAGGUCUUAAGAGACAGCAAGAAGAGGACAUAAUUACAGGCUAUGACGCCAAGCAGAAAAUUGCUGUUCGUACACGUUGGGCUCGUGGACAGGAGAAACUACUCUACUGGGGUCGAUCAUACGGUACUGUAUUGGGCUCUACUUUUGCUACCAUGUUCCCUGAUCGAGUUUCAAGAGUGCUGCUAGAUGGCGUGGUUGACACCGAUGAUUACUAUGAAGGUGGAGGCGAAUCUAGUAUCACUGAUGCCGAUGCUAUUUUUGACCGGUUUUUCAAGUACUGCGAUGCAGCUGGCCCAGAAAAAUGUCCAUUCCACAUGAAAGGAGGAUCUUCUGAGAUAAGACUGGCUUAUGAAGCUAUUGAAUCCGGCCUCCGGGCCAAGUCUAUCCCAGUGGCGGCUUCGAACGACCACGGACCCGAAGUUGUCACAUGGUCAGAUUUCAAGCUUAUUCAACGCAUUUCAGUCUAUCAACCACUCCUUACAUUCCCGUUACUAGCAAAAUUCUUGGCAGAACUCAAGCGAGGUGAUGGAUCAUCGAUGGCUGCAUUCAAACAAGGCAUUCGUGCCGUUACGUGUCUGUCAGAGGAAUGUAUUGGUGCUGGGUCGUGGUCACAGCAAUGUACUGGUUUUGAGACUAGCGAGGAUUCGUCUAGUCAGGCCAUUCUUUGCAGCGAUGCCAUAUAUACCAACAGCUAUGACCUUGAUGAAUUUCAAGGUAUUUGGAAUGGUCUUGCAUCUGACAGCAAGAGUAUUGGUGAUUAUUGGGCCAGUGUAUACUUGACCUGUGUAGGCUGGAAACCACGGGCUCAAUGGCGACUGAAAGGCCCUUUCGCUGGGAACACAUCCCAUCCUCUGAUGCUUGUCAGCACCACACUAGAUCCGGUUACUCCACUGAAAAGUGCAAAGAAAAUGUCCAGUCAGUUUAAUGGAUCAGUUGUUCUUGAGCAAAGCUCGGAAGGCCAUACAACGGGAUCCGGUCCUUCGGUCUGUUCUGCCAAGGCUAUUCGCAAGUACUUUCAGACUGGACAACUACCAAAGCCCGGCUCAGUCUGCUCUGGCGACUUUGAGCCACUGGUCGGCGCUCCUCAAGAAGCUGCACGGCUUGGCGGCAUGAGCGCAUCAGAUCGUCGACUAUAUGAGGCCUUGCUUCAAGAUACGUUGACUUUCGGUUUUGCAGCAGCACUUCCUAGCGAGAUGGAUGCCAUCAAACAAGCAACGGGCUCGGCUAGCCAGCACACGGAAGAGCAGAAGCAGCACCUCUACAACAACCUGCCCGCCGAGGAGCGAGAAAAGAAGUCCUACUCUGAAUGGGUAAAAGAGGCCUACCAAGAACAAUACGAAAAGUGGAUGCCGUGGAUCGAAGAUCAAUACCUGAAGUGGUUCGGCAAAGGUGAUAACAAGGCUUCUUAUGCGACCAAAGAUACAUUGAACAAAAGCAAAAUUACUGGAGUCAGCCAAGUCGACCAGCUCCAAGACGAUGUCAACAACCUUGUGGGCAACCAGCUCGGCGAGAACGGUCUUGCCGCUCCUAUCGGGAACAUGGCCGGUAAGGAAGGAAUCAACAGAAUGGAGAGGAACGGCAAGGAUGAGAAGGGAUCAUAUGGAGGUCCUGCAGCUGGGUAUACGGACUCGAUGAUCAACAAUGCCAAGGGCGGUGCCCAAUACGUCGGUAAUUCGAUAUCGGGUGGUGCAAAGAGUGCGGGAACUUAUAUUGGACUUGGUAGUGGUAGUAGCCAGACUGAGAAGUGA